AUGAGUCUGCAGGAGGCGCUUAAUCGAUUGCCGCAGUUUGAAUAUCAGGUGAGCGCACAAAAGAAGAAGAAGCCUUUCAAGUUGUUUUCAGAUUAAUAAAUUGGAAAGCGAAGAACGAGAAUCGCACGCGAAGAGCAGCGUUCGCAAGAAUUUCGUAAGACAAUGUCAGGAAUUGCACAAACAGGUUCGGUUCGGAUUUUCAUGGAUUCCGAGUUCAUUAGAGCGUAUUCUUUAGCUUGACGAUCAUCGAAAACGAACGGAAAACACGCGAACGGAAGAGACUUUCAAAAAGAACGAUACUUUGGAGCGCAUUAAUCAACUCCGGCAGAAGCUCAGUUCAUUGUGUCCUGAGAAGGAUCAGACGUCUGUUUCCACUAGGUUCGUGGUCUGAAUGGUCCCGAUCGAUAGCAACGUAUCUCUUUCUUUUCAGUGGUGAAUCACAGGAGGAGAAACAGAAAACGGAAAAGCGAAGUGUGGAGGGCCGUCGGAAGAGUAUGAUGUACGAGGAAGACGAUUCGGACGAAGGAUCCGAGAUCAUCGAGACGGACGUGCACCUCGAAGAGCAGAUCGUUCCUCCGCCACCUGCUCCCGCUCCGGCCCCAGCUGCGGUCGCUCCUCAACCAAAACCCCGGCAGCCGAUUGCAAUUACCCGGCCGCCUAACGAUUCGCCGACAAUUAGUAAGAAGAGAGAGGAAAAGAGGGAAAUGGAUGAGCAGAUAUUCAACCUGCAGUAUCCGAUUAGAAACGAUUCUUCAGAAGUGAUGGAGCCGGUCGUCGUCCGAGGCAACGUGUUCAUUGCGUUAGAUGACCUGGAACCAGAAGCGGAGGGAGAUUUACCUCUGCGAAAGGGAAGGAAGUACAGGAUUACGCAGACGAGAGCGGAUGGAUGGUGGACGGCGUUGGACGAGAACGGGCAGAGGGGACUCGUUCCGAAGACGUACUUGCAGCAUGUGAAGGAGCCGCAGAGGGUCGUCGUGAGUGGGAUUUUAACGGGAACUUGUGUGGAGGGUUCUGUUUCAGCAAUCGAAAGUGUCGAGCCGAUUGGGAGUUCGAGACUCGGUCAUUGGCAUAUCGACCACAACGGAGCCGAGCAGAAAUGGAGAGCGAGAGGAACGGAGAGCGAUUCGAGAGAAGGAAUGUCUGGGCCGUGAGUUCGAUCACGAUCCACAUCUUUCUCUCGUUUGCCACCUCGCUCCCCGGCUCUCCACUUCCAAUAUCGGAUUCCACGAUCUCUUCUGGAGCCACGAGAAGGACCAAGUUUUCAAGCGAACUGUUCAUAUCUCCAAAAUUAUCCGUCUCGUUCGAUUCGAGAAAAUGCCGCUGAUUCAACACAAAGCUCUCGUUCGAAUGGCUCUUGUAGACGUGACGAAUCCGAAGGCAACACAAGUUGUGAGCAAUGUACAUACGAUGGUGCCACGUGUCAAAGCGACAACGUGGUACUUUGAGAAGAAGGAAAGCAACACUCGGAGUUGCAUCGAGUUCUCCGACGUCGUGCUCCGUUCCAACUACAGCUCGCCGACUGUUGUGCUUGUUGUCGAGGCUUCUCACAUCGUCAAAACCCAAAUUGGGAUCGAAGAAAAGAGUCUAGGGCACACGUAUCUCCGAUUGAUAAUCGACGAUAAAGCAGUGCCGAGCAGGACGAACGUUCUUUACUUGGACGAUGAGAUAAUGUCGAGGAUGAAGAUGCCGGAAGCUUCGAAGAAAAGACUUCUGCUGCAAGUGAUGGACGUGCCCAAGGAUAAAAUGCCAUUUGUCGAGUAGGUCACACUUUCAGCUUCCUCUUUAUCACUCCCAUAUUUUCAGUUCUUUGCCUGACGUCAUAGUGUUCAACUCCCUCUAUUUGCCGUUUUUCCAUUUUUACCGUCGACGAGCAGGAACCAUUCUGAUAAGGGACAAUAGGAAUCCAUUGAGUGCUGGUAUGCAGUACACGUGAAAUGUAACUAAUAGAAUUUCUUGGAGUUUUCAGAAUUCGUGUCGGAUCCUCUUCUCUCGGUGUUCCCGGGCAUUUGCGAUGAACAUGACAUUAUGGACGCAAUGUUGAGAUUGUGGAAGGGAAAGAAGAAGAUUCUGGUCAAGAUGAGCGAGGCCGAACAGACUGCCGAAUUCUUCCAAACAUUCAUCCACACGGCGUUCUUCAUCCACGGUUCUGAGAUGAUUUCCUACGAUGUUAAGGACGAGUCAGUGCUCUUUUUACGGCAAGAUGUAAGAAAAAAAAAUAGAAAUUAGAAAUCAACCAACAAGUUUCAGAUAAUUCGUCCGAUUGUGGAAGCAUUGAGAGGUGGCGCCUUCAAGGAGUUCAUCUCGACGCGCAAAUUCAAACCUAUCAACAUUCUAGACUAUUCUUUGGAUCUUCUAGGUCCUCAUUCAAUUGACUAA